AUGGCUGGGGACUUCACAAUGGCUGGGUUCACUAUGAUGCGAGUCCAUCACACUGGAGGUCUUGGUGACAUCAGUGUUAAUUCUUCUCGAGUGAAGUCGCAUCAGACUCAGCCGUUGGCGGGAAGCCUCGCUCUGUGUGACAAAUUGUCCCCGUUCCGCGUGCUGGCCUCUCCUCACCGAACAAAAUUACUGGCACUAAAGGGCUACUAUAUCGACGAAAAUCAAGUCAUCCGGAAGAAUUCAAACCUUGCGCCAAUGGCUACGGUACAAGAAGCUCCCUCGUCCCCUCCGAUCGAGGCUCCUCGCACUCCAACCCCAAUCAAUUCCGUUGACGGUGUUGCUUCUACGUGCAACACUCCUACUGUUGCUCGGGAAGAGAUAUCUAUGUUUGAAUCGCAUUCCCAGUGCCUAGUCCCAACGCGCGAAAUGUCAAGGAGCACGAUAUGGCGCGUCUUCUCAGCGAUUCCUCAUAAUCACGCUGCUCAGGUUCAAUCAAGACUGAUAGUAGAACCCGCAGAAUUUUGCCUCGUCCCCUUUGGACAAGGAAUUGCCCCCAAAGCCAGUCCUUCGAUUUUCCGAGUCUCCGGAGAGACGUGGCAUCUAUGCUCUUCAGACGCCUUCGAUGGAGGCUCCCACAAAGUCAAAUAUCCUGUCCUCUUGCCAAGUCCUCCUGAUACUGUAUCUCUCAGCUCGAUUGUAAGUGAUGAGGUCGGUUUUCAAACGAGCCCUUCUUUACGCCUCGAUCUACAUACUCGCCCCGCGCUUGGAGUUGGAACCGUUGUCAGAACCCGUAAGGUUUCAACAACCGCUGCAGACCUUAGAACCGCUUCCGAUACGUCCGGUCACCUUGCUUUCGAUCAAGCCAGUUCUCCUCUGAAGGCUACUGAGCCACGAAACCCUGCUCGCCAUCUUCCCACUACCGAACAAAUUGCUUCUAUGAGAACUGGUAGCCCAGUCUCCAAGCACCUCCCGAAGAGCAAAUUCAAUGGCAAUCGGGGUGCCCUCAAGUCGCCACAUGGGUCCCUUAAACGUGUCCAACAGAUCAAGUCCAGCGUAAAGCAAGAGGCGAAAGUCGUGGACGAUGUCUUCCGUGCAGUCUCGGCCAACUCCUCCGAUUUUGGCAGCCCGCAGCGAAUUGAGGACAUCGCUCGGCGCUACCAAGACUACGGCAUUGGCCCAACGGUUAAAUAUGCCAAGGAUGCUCACCAAAUCAUCAUGGGAGAUCGGUCGUUUUCUAACUCGUUGAACAAAUCUGCCAGCACUUCCACUAAAGUUGCAAUCACCGAUGGCCCCUCAAAGCAGCAGAUCUCAAAGAACGAAACUCAUAUGCGACAAGAAGGUACCUAUCCUCCCCGCGGUUCGUCGCUCCAAGUAUCGCCCAACGAGGUUGCAUCCCGCGUAGCUCGUCCAACCAAAGCCAGUGCUGCGCGCGCCGAAGCAAAUUCCAAGACAUUGGGCAAAUCCGGUACUAUGACGUCGGUCAAGAAGUUUGGUAGUCGUCUUUCUGCCAUAAUCCCCGUUCGUGGCCGUUUUGGUGUCCCGGGCUCCGUUGACAAGUCGAAGAGCACGGACACCGCCUCCGUCGAGGCCAACGCAGACAAUGCCAAUCAUGGAUCUUCUGCAAAUGAUGGCGGCCUGCUCUCCGCUUCCGAGAAUAUUGGCACGGAGUUGCUGCCUUCCGGCUUCAUUGGCGAUGUCGACGUAACUCUCAGGGGCGGACAAUUUGACGAGGUUGCCCUUCAACAAAGGCAGCGGGACAACAAGGAGCAUCGGGCUGCAGCUGUCUACGCCUUAGAGAACCGCAUCGGAACUAAUACUGGUCAUGCUCGUGGGGCAGUUAAUAAGCAACGAGACUGUGAUCAGGGUGGCGACGAGCCACCAACCCCGCAUCUUACUCGUGCUGGUCCACAAGGACACUAUUCUGAUGAGAGCGAGCAACAAGAUGGGAGUACUCAACAGGAGUUGCUCCGCGAUUUGGAGAUGCUACGCCAAACUGCUAUGGCCGUCCCUCCCGGAUUCCAUGUCCAACUCAACGAGCUUCACACCCAAGGACAACGUAUCAUAUCAUUGCUCACAUUGGUUGCUAGACGAAUUGGUGAUGCAGAGGCGAGAAGCCGUGUCUCUCUUCUUCUUGAGGCUGUGGGUGAGAGUCUUCUGGCUGCAGGCACCAACACCGCGGCCAUUGUUGCUCUCAUCGACGCAAACCAAUGUCUGCUUGCGGCAACCAGCUCGCUUGCAGAGUAUGCCACCAUUAUGGCUGGUAGAUCUGUUGAGACAGAUGCCACUCAGCAAUAA